AUGUUUGAUGGAUUAUUAGCACUUAAAACAAUCAUGGCUGAAGAUUUGGAAUUAAACGAUCCUCGUAUUCAUUUUGUGGCUGAUUAUGUUUUAAAAACUUUAAAAUUAAAAUCAGAUAAAUUUGCUAAAAUGUACGGUAUCGAAGAAAAUAAAGUAAUGAUACACGAUUAUUUUGAUAAAAAUGAAUCUCAGAUAUUAGUUAUUCAAUUUACGGCAGCUGGUUCUCUACAGCCAUCAACAACAUUUCCAAAUAUAUUAAAAAAUAAAUCGUGUUAUUUUAUUAAAAAACGACGUGAACCAACACCAAAAGAUAGUUCAUUUAAAGAAACAAUUAUGUAUGGUGAUUUAUCAACAGCACCACUUGAUCAACUAUCAGCAAUGGUUGAUGAAUUGUUAAUUCCAUUAUUACAAAAUCCAAUGAAUAAUGAAGCAUGGCCAAAAGUAUUAUCACAAGAUAUUAUGAGACAUGCAUUAGGAAUUAAAAAUAAAGU